AUGGCGGACAGCAUGGAUGUGGAAGAUGCAGAAAGAAUUACGGAUUCUUUACCUGGAAUCGGAGAGCUAAAAGCUUUUACUCAGGUGCUUAGAUUAAGUUUUUAGAUCUGUCUAUUGUUUUAUGGGUUUGUCUUUCUCAUUUAUUGAAUAAAUUUCGAGUCAAUGACUAUGAACCUAGCAUGGUUUGUUCACAGCUGAUUCGCUAGCAGUUGAAAUUAAACAGGUAUAGUGAAGUGUAAACAUUUAAGACUUUACCAGAAAAACUAGAGAAAAAAAGGGGCUCGAUGCAGGAGCUUUCUUUUACAGUUCAUAUUCCACGGGCUUUCUACUCAAUCUUGGAAACGCGACAACAUUCCUUUUCUCUAAGGAUCAUGCAAAAUAAGCUUAUCAGCUGUGCAAAUCAGAAAUGGAUACUGUAUAUAUAAUUAGAGAGUGCUUUGAGUUUCCAAUCUGUAAAGUGUUUUAAGUUUCAAAGUGACUCAGGUUACACCUGCGUGUUUGUCGUAAGGUGGAAGAAGAGUGAAACGGAAAUGGGGACGUGAAAAUAUUUUUUGGUGGUAUCUCAGGUACAGUAUUAGAAUGUGUGUGUUGAAAGAAAGAUAAGCUUACAACUGCCAUGUGUUCAAAGUAAAAUUACAUUGGUUUUUACUGCUUCUUUCAGGAAUCGUUUGCGUCUAUAGUGCAAGCCAUUAAAUCAGCUGGCAAUCUGCCAGCUGCAGGGGAAGACCAUGAUUUUUAUUACAGCUUCUCAGAUUUCAGAGAAUUUAGAACAGCUCAAGGAGCAAGACUUCUUAGCAAGUAAGCCACUAACACUGUAUGUUUAUUAAUAUGGCUAAUUUAUUCCAAAAUAUUUUUUUUCUAAUUUAUGUUCUUCAGAAUAUUGUUGGUGUGACGUACAUACUGCCCCCACACCCCCCCCCCUCCUUACAAUUUUAAUGACCCCUUGGGGGUAGAGAAUGAAGUAGAUAUAAUAGAUAUAAUAAGCAGAUAUUUGAGUGAAAUAUUUCUACCCUGUAAUAUGUCGUGAUUGCUUUCUGUUUGGUCUAUUGUAUUUUAGCAUAGGUAAUUUGCUUCGUCAUUGGAGAGUUCAUUGUCAGUGGCCAUCAGACACACAUGGUAUUGAACCAGAUGGUGACGAGCUGCUUGAUAGUCUUGUGGAAGCCAAUGAUAUUAUUCUUGAAGGAGUAGUGAGUGUUAGAUUUAAGUUUUGAAUAUGGCACUAUUAUUUUUGGUAGUAUUUCUAAAGUCAUUUUCAGCAUGCUGGCUCUCUAAUACUGUAAUGUAUAUUCAUGGUAAAUUCAAAGUUUACUUUAGGUGAUAACAGUUAAGAGAUAAAUAUUGACCAACGUAGAAUUUGUCCAAAGAUGUUUUAACCAAAGGAAAAUUGGAAUCACAUGACUGUUGUUAAUUAUUAGAGAGAAAAGGGAGUGUCAGUUUCACCUCUUUAAUCAUCGAACAUUCAAAUUCCCUUGCAAACUCUGUCAUGUGGCCGGGACACACCACUGUACAGUGAUAUUCACCUUAUACAUUGUAAUAUAUGAUAUACAUUUAAACAAGUCUGAAAUUGGUCGGGAAUAUCCAACCACUGAAAUACAACCCCCUUUAAUACAUAGACUGUCUGUCAUGCUCAACUGUGUAAUCCUAAGCAUCUAAGUACUGUGUUGUUUUUGCUUGGUGCAUGCUUUAAAGUGUGUUUUGUUUCUCAAGGAUAACAGCCUUGAUGAAGCUGCAGGUCUUAAAAAAUCCACCAAAGUAACAAACCAAACAGUGACUGGCGCACCUGGCCAACAAGGAACACCUGUCGUGUGCAGUUGGAAUAGGAAAAAGGUCCUGAGCUGAUUCGAGAAGUUGUUAUUUUAUUGUCAUUAUACUGCAUGUGAUAAGGGUGUAGUAAUAGCAGUCUAAACAAGAUGCCAUUAUCAUCAUCAUCAUUAUCAGUCAAGUGCGUAUAACACCCACUUGGGCAUAGGAAGGUCUUUCAGUCAAGGUCUGUAAAUAACAGGUGUCCUCAUACAUUACAUUCUGUCUCCUGUGUUAGUACUCAAUGUACAAAGUGAUGAACCAAUAGUUCACUGGACCAGGUGAUGAAGUGGUCAGCCAGUUGGUAUAUGUAUUAUGAUGUUAUGAGACUCACUGUCAAGUAAUGCAGCAGUACCAAGCUACUAGAGUGUAUAUCUUUUUCAAAUUAUAAGUAUGUCUCUUUUUAAACUUGCAGCAAAAUAUCCCAGGAAGUAAGGAUUCCAAUAAUUUCCGUUUUUUAAUGGCCAAGAACAUUCAGCGACCACAACUGAGAUUUAAAGAUAAGAUUGACAACAGCAACACUCCUUUUAUUCCAGUCAUCAAAAGAAAACCUAAUGCACUGCGACCACUUGAAAUGGGUGAGUAGGAAAAAAACCAAUGUGAAGAUAUAGCCUAACUGAUUUUGAGGUUUAGACUGUGUUAUUUAUGUCAAUCAAGGUAGGAAACUGGUAACCACCCUUCUAGCUUAAAUUAGUAAGUUGUAGUGAUAGCGUUAUUAAAAAGUAAUGCUUUUUGUGUUUAUUAACUGUUCUCCUGUUUUACAAGCCAUUUAUUAGUUUUGUUUAUGUGAUCUACAUUUUGCAAUCUGAAUUUUCUUUGGCUGGAAAAUUGUCAAACCUGUUUGCAUUGAUUUAGUUCUAUCAUAGAUACUUUACCAUAAUAUGAGACCAAAGAAAACAAAUCUUAACCUGGUCUGAAAAUUUUUAAACUGAAGAAAAAAUUUGAACCAUGAACAAUAUUCCACAUAAAAGGUUUCCCAGUACUACUAAAGAGUGACAGAAGUUAGAAGUACAUGCACUUUGUUUGUUGUUGUUUUUAGUGGAACAAAGUGCGAGCAUUCAACCUGAGAGUCUACUGGUUCCAUCAGUUAUUGCUGAUUUUGUUCACCAAGAGAGAAUGAGAGGAGAAGGACAGAAUAGAUCUAGUGUGAAAAGGUAAGCAAUGAUAAUAACUUGCACAAUUACACUGUACUCUACAUCUUUUAAAACAUUAUGUAUGAUAAAUUUAAUUUAAAAAGAGAAUGAAAAAAAAUUAAACAGCUGACUUAAAGAAGAAAAAAAAUUUGCUGUUGUCAUGGUAAUGACAGAAUGAAUGAUUAUUUGCCAAAUUUAAGGAUAAUGAUUACCGUAGCCUUAAUGACCAACUAGCUAACCUACUGACAGAUCAACAGACAGACUGACUAAUUAACUUACUAACAGUAUACAGUCAAACCUCCACAAAUGGCCACCUCGCUACAACAGGCACUUUUUUGUGUCCCCAAGGUGGCCAUUGUGGAGAGGUUUAACUGUAUCAAGUUACUGUCAGACUAAAUGACAGAAUCAUAGUGACAUGACUGUUUUGCUGUCUCAUGGAGAUGGUAUUUGCGAUUAGUUAAAGUACAGGCAUCUGUAAGAAAGAGUAUUAGUAAUAUUUUUCCCUGAAUUCUUAUCUCUCCUUCAACAUAGCACGGCACACCCCUAUCAUUAUGAACUGGAAGUAUUUGAACCAUCCAAGACUCAAAUGAAGCCCCACAAAGAGCAAGUAAGUAGUACAUGUAUUUCAGGAACGAUCAGUAAAUUUUAACAAUGGUAAUGGUGUCUUUUGCUGGAGCAAAGAAGCCUCCCUGGUAAUUGUCACUGUUUUGAUGGUACGUUAGGUAUCUGAUAAAUUACUAAUAAUGUAAUGAGUUUGUUUUGUUUUUUGUUUGUUUGUUUGUUUUUUUCAGCUGUAUGAGGUUUUUGACAAGACUCCCUACACUUUUGUGGAUACUCCAGAACUGCUUCAAGAACUGAGUGAGCAUCUCAACACAGUUACUGAGUUUGCCGUUGAUUUGGAGGUGUGUUCUAAAUGGUGUACAUUGAGUAGUAUUCUAAAAUAAAUAUGUGAAACACACUAUAAAUUGCCAAACCAAUAAUAUAAUACUUAAGUGAUAUUGUUCUCUAUCUUUUAGUUAACCUCACUAAAGCCUUUCCUCAAAAAGCUGGAGAAGAUGAAAAUGUUGUAAAAUCAAUAUUGUGGUGAUUAAAAAGCUUAUGAAAGUGAUAAUUUAAGAUUAAACCUUAGAAAAGUCUGAAUCUACCACUAAGCAACCCAUACAAUGUACUGUAUGUUAUUGUACAGACUUAUGAAGAUGGAAGGGAAAAAAAUUCCUGAAACUUGUGAAUACUAUUAAAGAAACGCUAGGUUAUUGCAUGACAUGUUGACCUUCUACUAAACUGUAUGUUUUCUCUAAUUACUAUUAUAACUGUCUUAAUUAAGAUUUACUAAAAUUUACCUCUCUUUCUUCCAUUAGGCACAUUCAUACAGAUCAUUCCAGGGUUUCUGUUGUCUCAUGCAAAUAUCCACGAGGAACCAUGACUAUCUUAUCGAUACACUGGAGCUGCGACAUGAGUUGCAUAUCCUAAAUGACUCCUUUACUAAUCCUAACAUACUCAAGGUACAAACAAAACAGUUAUCCUUAAUAUGUGUGAAGAAUAAUAUACAACAAAAAACAUUACAACAAGUGGGUGUGAGGGUUUGGUUUUCUUGUUACUAUUAGAUUUUACAUUUUUUGGUUGAUAUAUCUGCAGAUCAGUAGCCUUGAUGAUAAUAAGUCAUUACCAGAAAAUUAUUAGAUAUUUUGUAUUCUCAGUAUGGCUGUGUCAGUGUUUGGUUUAUUUCUUAUUUCUUCGGACUAGGAUACCUUUGAUUUUUUUAGUGUAUGACAAACUUCUUUAAUUUUGUCAUGCUAACCUGAAUUAUCAUCAAUUAUUAUUAUCAAUUCUGGUAGGUAUUGCAUGGGGCUGACAUGGACAUUGGCUGGUUACAACGUGAUUUUGGUAUUUAUGUUGUGAACAUGUUUGACACAGGCCAAGCUGCCAGAGUGUUAAACUAUGGCAAAUAUUCCCUGGCUUUCCUGCUAAAGAAGUUCUGUGAUGUAACUGCGAAUAAGCAAUAUCAACUGGCAGAUUGGAGAAUAAGGUUGGAAUCCUUUUUUAACUUGUGUGACCUCCCCCACCUCCAAACCCCCUCAUAUGGCAGCUGUAGUUUGGUGUGCAUAUUCUUUUUAAUCAAGGGUACAUGCAAAUAAUAUUAAUUUUUAUACAAUGUACAUUGAAAAGCAAACGGUAUUAUUUCAUUUGGUAUUUUUUUAUUUGCAGACCAUUGCCAGAUGAGAUGGUGCGAUAUGCAAGAGAGGACACGCAUUAUUUGCUUUAUAUUUAUGACAGAUUGCAUGAUGAGCUUUUAAAAAGUGGAAAUGCAAAUAACAACUUGUUGCAGUCUGUGUACUCCAGAAGUAAACAAAUAUGUUUAAAGGUGUGUGUCUUUUAAUAAUGUACCUUGCAUUUAAGUUGCACCUUAAUUCUUACAUUUUUCUAUGCAAUCUACGUUGUUUGUGAGGAUGUUGUUUAACGUUAAAGUCUUAUCCCUUUAUUCUGUUCAGCGAUACGAGAAGCCAUUAUUCACAAGUGAGUCUUAUCGGAGAGUACUGGAGAAACACAAGCGAACAUUUAACAAUGAACAGGUGACAGAUUGAUUAGAAUAUACAGUAUUUUUGGUGCAUGUAGGGCAGCUCAUUCAUAAACAUGCACACUGUACUGUAAUGUUGUGAUUUAAAAUUGCUGCUUUGCUUUACAUACACUCUAUAUAACUUGUACCGAUGCUUACUAGUGUGCCAGUCUUGCCACUUUUGAUCUUAUAAUCAAAGCCUAGUGCAGAAAUUAAAGUUAAUCAACAAUUAGUUUUUAGGCCUCUUUAUUAAUUUCUACUAAUUAGAAAAUAAAAUAGAAAUGUUGGUACAUGAGUUAAAAGAAAUGAGUAGAAUGCAAUCAAACAGCAAAUAAAGAGCAUCGCAGUGGAUCCCAGUAUUUUUGUUCCCCUUUUAUCUGAUAAAUUGCAAAACAUUUUGUUAUCCCAACAGCUCUGUACAUUCCGACUUCUCUUUGCUUGGAGAGACAAUAUUGCACGAGAAGAAGAUGAAAGUUAUGGGUGAGAGAACUUUCUGUGUUGCAUUUUUAACACAUUUAUGUUUUUGAUAUCUAGGAAACUCUGCAUUGGAGCAGUAGUGGAAUAUUUGAUUUUUUGUUUGUUUGUUUGUUUUAUCUGUUACAUGUAUUUGUUUAGUUGACUGGUUUGGUGAAAAAUGAAAAUUCUUGUCUCUUUUUUUCAGCUUUGUUCUUCCCAAUCACACUAUGUUUCAGAUUGCAGAGACUAUGCCAAGGUAAAAGUGAUGAAAGUGCUAUAAAUUUUGACCUCAUGUAUAAGUUAGUUUUAGAGUUUUUAGAUUCAUUGUAAUUGUACUCUUGUGACAUAUAUCACUAAAUCUAACUUUAUUACUUUUUAAGGCUUUCUCUUUUUUCACAGUAUGGUUAAUCACAUUAUCUUAGUUCAAUAAUUCUGUUGUAACUUUAGGGAAGCCCAAGGUGUGCUGGCAUGUUGUAAUCCAGUUCCUACACUUGUAAAGCAGUAUGUGAAUGAGAUACACAUGUUGAUCAUGCAAGCAAAGGAGCUUGCACUCACUACAAACAAGGUAACCACCACAACCAACUCACACCUUGACCUAUAAGGUAGCUUCAUUUCUAGUAGCAGAAAGUGAUACUCAUUUGAACAAUCUUCCAACCAUUUUAUACAGUUGUUUUAACAAAUAAGUCAGUUUGAAACACCAACAGUGCACAAUAUUGGCUUUUUUGAACCACUCAACAGCAAUAGGGUAGAUUGCUUCCAUAUCUAUUUUUUAUCCUUGUUUGGUUUGUAGAAUUCUUCUGCCACUGCCAUUUUAACACAAGUAGAUGGUGGAAGCAGUUCAAAGCAAAAUGGCUUGGUAAGAACCAUUUUCUGCUUAUCUUGUAUCUUUAAUAAGUGUUGUUUGAUUAGCUUCUGUAACCAGUUAGUCUUGCAGCUGUCUCCAAGUGGGGGAAAGAGUCUCUCCCCCCCCCCCCCCCCCUACAUUGUGGAGCAGUGUCAUAUUUUAAAUGCGAGCUGAUGAUGUCCCAAGCAACACUGACAAUAAGUAAUGAUGCCCCCAUACAAAAGUGAGAUAGACCACUACACCGGGCACGACGCGCCCUACUCUUUACGAAGAGUGUGUGGGUUCUUUAACAUCCCACAGAUUUUUUAUUACAUGUGCAAGAGCUUGUGAGACGGGGCCUACGGUUUAUCAUCCUUAUCCAAGAAGACUAGACUGUCAAACCGUUUGCAGAUGUUAUUACAAAGGCAGCACUUUCUCCUCAUUUAUUUAAAGACCUUGAGUGUUGGUCUGGCCGGGGUUUGAACCUACAGCAUCCCGCUCAGCAGACUGGCGCUUAUUUCAUUGAGCUAACCAGGCGGCAGCGGACAAGUAGUGUGGUUCUACAGUGUGGGUUGAUCAUGUUGGAUUUUAAAUCAGGAUUUAACUUUUAGUUACAACUUUGCUCACUCUUUUUCCUUUUCAUUAGCAGCUACAUCCCAGUGUUCCUCAGUCACCUUUGAUUGAUGCCAACAUAAAGCCAACUCAGACAUAUUUUCCUGGUUAGUAAGUUUUAUUUUUUCCAUAAUAACUUGUAUCAAUGUCUCCCCUGUUGUUCCACCUGCUGAUCAGAUCAGAAUAAUCAGCGACUCAUCGUUAAGUUCUAAAUGAGUCAUCCUGUUUUAUUAUGUUUUUUCAAUAAAGGUCAUCCACCAGCAAUGUUAUUUCAAGGAAGCUAAAUUCUUCUAACAUAUAUUUCCAUUUUGUCAGGUGAGUCUACAGUAGUUACAAGUGCCUCGCCAAGCUCAUUUGCUGAAGUCAUAGCAUCAGGUCCUGCUGUCAUUAGAGCAAAACCAACAGUAUCACUAUUUGAGGUAUUAUUCAUUUUUUUUUACAUGUAUCAUUUUAUUGUUUUAAGGUGUUGGUGUUACUGUGCAGCACCUACCAUUGCCACAAUACUGGCCACUUUGUACAAUUUUUAUGAGAUAGUCCUGUGAUUCAGCUUCAAAUUCAGCCAUUUGUCAUCUUUUGACCAUUUUUUUUUUCAGUUUCCUGAAGAUGAGCAGCUUACUGCUGGACAAAAGAAGGCAGAGAAAAUCAAAGCUUCAUUUGAGAAUCCAUUUAAAAAGGUUGGUUGUAAAAUAAAGCUAAACCUUGCUGCCAGGAUCCCCUCUCUCUCUUGCUCGUACAAGUGGGAGAGGGCCCUGCAUGGGAAUGAGAUUAAAAUUUAAAGCUUUAUUAGUGCAUUCUAAUCUAAGGGCUUACACUGUUGAGAAAGUUCAAAGCUUGGACAAAAGGGUUUGAGUGGUGUCACAUGUGGGUGACAAAUUUGGCCAUAUUUUUAAAAAAAGGUUAAUGCCAGGGUUAGAUACAAGUAGAUUGUGUGUGGUCAGCUAUCCCAUCUUUAAUAGUUUUUGUACAUUUUGUUUUAGUUUCUACCAACAAAGAGUCAGUCUGAAACAACAGAAGGAAUGGCUGUUACCAUGGUUACUGAGGAGCCUCAGAGUCAACAGCAGGUGGACAUGGUAGGUACUUCAUGUAACCCUGCUUUAGUUAUACUUUGAUGUCCUAGCUUUCUCAGCAAAGUUUUUAAGAUGGAAACUGUUUUAAGCUAUGAUGGGCAACACAACCAAAGUCAAUCAAAGCAUAUCUUAUAGAGGAUUGAAGUAAUUUAAACAAGAACUGCUUUAAGGUUAAGCUUACAAAAACUUUGAAGUCAGAAAACUUUGCAAGGCUUUCCAAAAAGAUUUCCAAAACACUUCAGGCUUAAAGGUCUAGAAUUGAAGCAGAGAUAAAAUUAUUUUUUGGUUGGCAAGCAGUAAAGGAAAGAAUUCUGGCAACUAGAAAUAAACUUAUUACCCUAUAGACGUGUGAAAUGUGGGAAAAUAAGUCUUUUGGCUUUUUAAACUAAUAGAAAUGUAGUAUGAGUAUACAAAAUCUUGUUGUUCAUCUUUUUUCUUUUAAUAUUUAGAUAAAUCAACAAUGGAGAGAGGCAAUUCAAACACCAAUGACAGCAGGUAAUGAAUUAUUACUUUCCCAGGGUUCGUACAGGUCAUGGAAAAUGUGGAAAGUCAUGGAAUUUAAGAAUUGCAUUUUCCAGGUCUGGAAUGUCAUGGAAUUUAAUUGUCAGUCCUUGAAAGUCAUGGAAAAUUUAACUUUUGUUUGGCAGGUUAGUUACUGCCGAUGACAAAGCAAGGGUAAUUCAAGAUAGAGAGAAAUGACUGUACAGUGCAAACGGCAAACUCUGGACACCAGAGUUUGUGUCUCUUAAACUGUUUAAGAUCUAAAAAGUACCCAAAAAGUGGCAGCUAAACCUAAGGUCAUGGAAAACUUUUUUGAAAAAGUUAUAGAAAGUCCUGGAAUUUAAGGAGCUCAAAAGAGUAGGAACCCUGUUUCCGUUUGAAUUUGAUAGGCUCAAUUUGGGUCUCUAAUUUUUUUUUACUAUUCGUUUUUUCUCUGUUGCCCCGUUUGUGUUGUUGUUGUUUUUUUUUUAUAGUUACGUACAAGUGACUUGAUACCUCAGAUUCGUUCUUAGUCGUCCCUCCUGGGACAGAUUUGAUGGAAGUGUGUUGCUCCUUCUCCUUCCCAUCAUCCUCCACUGUCCUUGUUACCUUCCCCAGGCCUCCCUCAGGCCUUUAGCCCUUCAAAUAAUACAAAAGUAGUGACUUGCAAUUAUUUUGGGUCCAACUCGCUGUAAACUAAAGUGCUACUACUAAGAAUAAAAAUAAACAUGCAAUGAAUAGGAACGGACAAGUAUUACAGUGAAAAUCAAUACUGAUUUGCUAGAUGGAACUGUAUACUAUAUUACUCCGUUGUUCUGUUAGAACCAAGUGUCGCCAAAAAACGUGGACUUGCUGGUGACACAGAAACAGAAGAAGAUUUAACGCCCUUAAGAAAAAGAGUAAGUUUCUUUUUGACAAGUUCUUUUUGUUUCUUUUUUAAUGUAUUUUAUUGAUGAAGGCAACGCCCUAAUCCAGAAAACAGGAAGUUGAAACGGGAGACAAGUAUAAUUUUUUUUUCGAUUUUAUAUUAUCUUACAGAAAUAACAGUCAAUUCUCAUUUCGUAAAUGCAGUCAACCAGUGGCCUGCGCGAAAAAUCACUGUUUACGCGGCCUAUGUCCACGCGAGCCCGAAGCGAAAUUUUAAGAUGUUAGGUUUGAUGGAUUUCCAAAUCCCAAUGGGAAGCAGUCUUAAUAUUUUGUCUCUUCUUUUCUCAACGUGUAGACUCCUGGACAGUCUUCUGCAAAAAGAAGAAAACGUGAAUCGUAUGAAGCUGGCUCCUCUACUUCGCCCUCUCAAAACAGAGAGGUAGCCGCAGAGAAUUCAACCUUUGUACCGUUUAAAUACUCUGAAGCUGAUUAUUCAACGUUCUCAAGUAAGGGUCUUAUCUGUUUCGGUAUCAUAGGUAGGAUUGGAUUGACUUACAAAGAAACAAGUUCUUGUUUAGGAGGUUUUUUUACAGCGGUUAGCUAGCACUGCUAUUCAAAAGGACGGAACGCUGAGGACCUGCAGCAGACUUUUUUGAAUCGUAGACACGGACGUUUUUGACAAAAACAGAUAAAAUUUUCACUUUUCUUUAAACCUCUUUUAAUUUGAGGACGAUAGAAUGGGAUUCCGUUUGUCAUCCAGGCGUGAAUUCAUAUUUUUUACCCGUACGAAAAUCCCUGCACCGCUCAAAGCAAUUUCGGGUACGCGACAUGGACGCGCGCGCGCGUUUGAUUGAUUAGUCUGACUUCAAACGAAGUAACCUAGAGUCACGUACCCACAAGUCGAAAACAGUAUAUCUUAAUCUCUUUAAAGGAAGAGAUAGAUUUUCAAGUUUUCAAUUUAUAUAUUCAUGUUUCAUUUUCUUUUUUUUUUUUUUUUUUUUUUUCAGGUGGAAUUGAGAAACAAACCAAAGACAAGCCAAUUGUAUUUGAUCCGUACAGGUCAUCACACAACUCUAAAGUAAGAUAUUGACUGUUCUGUGUGGAAUGUUAAGUGGAGAAUAGCUUUAUUGGCCAAAAAUCUCUAUUGACUUUUGCAUAAGGUUGUUGGAAUCGAUUAUUUUAUGCUAGGCGGGCGGUAAUUACAGCUCUAGGAGCCUCUUCUAAACCAUCUCUUAUCCAAUAACUUCCAUGAUGCUUUCUCCAUCACUGUUGCUUUGGUUUGCCUAGCUAUAGAUAUAGGUGUAUCUUUGAUGUCCAUUUUAGUAAAGUCUUAUCAGGUUGUACCCAUGAAAUAACUGAUGGACAAAAAAAUUGUUGAGGACAGUGAAGUAAAUCUUCUAGAAUUUGUACGGCAUUUUGCAAGAUCGAUACCAUAACUGUCCUCAUCUCUUGUCAUUUGUCUUUGCUUUAUCCUUCAAUUGGUCUUUUCCCUGGGGAAUCGAUUGUUUCUGACCUUGCAUUGUGGCUUGAAGUAUCCACGGUUUAUUUUUCUUCAUCUAUCAGUCUUCAUUAGAUACACAUCUUUCCCUUUGUUCUCUUAGAAUAUUUCUCUACAAACAUCAGUAAACCUACAUUCGUUAUUGACUUCCUAACCAGCUCUGUUAUUAUCUCUCUGUAGCAGUCCAAAGGCCAAAGGUCUAAAGUACAUAUGAAAUCAGGACAGAGAAAUCUAACGUUUUCUUCAAACAAGUGAGUCUUGUCGUGCUCGUGACCACUGAUUUCUUGGUUACUGACAUUUAUUUUUAAAUUAUUUUAAAAAGUUUAAAUAUAAUAUUCAAUGUAUAAAGUGUCAGUCAGGUUUCCAUUGCACAAGUGGAAACUCUUUCUACUUCUGUAGUGGAGCUGCUCCUUGUAAUUCAGUUAGCCCAGUUGCGAGGAUAUAGCGUGGUGCAACUUCCAAUCUUAAGCCAAUCAAAUUCCACAUUCAAGUUUAACCGCUGGCCAAAACGUCGCCUGUCGAACAUUUCACAUAUGUCGUCACUGGCCUGAAGAUCCAUAAAACAGAGGGAAUGAUUGAUAUUUUGUGUUUUUGUAUUUUAGGCGAGGCAAUCAGAAACAGAACUGGCCCAGGAGAUGACAAAACGCAUGAAAAUCGCAAGAAGAGGAUUUCUUUUUUAUUUCUCGUUUUUCAGCAAAAAUGAUGUUUUAACCUUCGGUUAUUUCAAAUUUUUAUGUUAAUGUCACCCCGCAAUUUAUUUUUAGUUUUUGUUUCCUUUCUUGUUGCAAUGCACUUUAGAUUACUGCUUGUAACAGUCGUUAUACACCUAAAGGUGAAUGAGAGUAGCUGCGACAGUUUUUUUAAAUCAAAAUGGUAACUUAGACCAUUAAUUGUAGCUUCAAUCUCGUUUCGAGGUUUCCUUGUUGAAGGCCUGGAGAAUUGAGGAAGUCCUUCGUUGGUUGAAAAUUUGAGAGUCUUUCACAAUACAUUUCGUUAUCGCUAUUCUUAGCUUAUCUUAUUAUGAAAAACGCUUGCGAAGAAUUUUUCGGUUGAGUAGAGAAUCGAAUUGUCGACCGCUUUCCGUGUGACCAACCUAAUAUAAGGAAUUUACGAAUUUUUUACCAUGUAUUUUCAUUUUGGGUGAAAGUGACAACAAUAGAAAUAAAAAUAGAAUCCUUUGUAACGGUGUUUGCCGAUG